AUGGUAAAGCACGUCGAUGAUCAGAUUCUCAAGCAUUCGCACGAUGCGGAUGCGGCGAUGAAGGCGUUCGAGGGGUAUGACGGGCAGACCAUCGAACUUAGUCCGGAGACGAAUAAGAGGUUGCUGAGGAAAAUCGAUCGGCAUCUGAUGCCAAUCUUAUGUAUCGUCUAUGGUUUGAACUACCUCGACAAAACAACGCUCAGCUAUGCAUCCAUUAUGGGUCUGAAGCUGCCGCCUUCGGACGACAAACUCAAAAGCGGGAUUGGCAUUACCGGGUCGCAGUACUCGUGGCUGUCCAGCUUGUUUUACUUUGGUUACCUGGCGUGGGAGUACCCGACGAGCCGUCUGCUGCAACGCCUCCCGUUAGGAAAAUAUUCCGCGUUCAACAUCAUCAUGUGGGGUAUCGUACUGUCCUGCUUUGCCGCAGUAGAGAACUAUUCCGGUGCCAUAGCAAUCCGGUUUUUCCUGGGUGUAUUCGAAGCUGCCGUAACGCCAGGCUUCGCACUUUUCACGUCGCAAUGGUACACCAAGAAAGAGCAAGGUUUCCGAACUGGCAUCUGGUUCAGCUUCAAUGGCUUUGCCCAGAUCUUCGGCGGCGUCGUCGCGUACGGUAUUGCAGUCGGUGCUCGUAAGCAUGGCACACUCAUCGAGCCCUGGAAACUCAUAUUCCUCGUGACAGGCCUGCUCACGACCGCUAUCGGCAUUCUUUUUCUCUGGAUUGUUCCGGAUAAUCAGCUUAAUUGCCGCUGGCUCAGCAAGGAAGAUCGAAUCUUGGCGAUUGAACGCAUCAGAAUGAACGGACAAGGUGUAGGAAACAAGCACUUCAAGUUGUACCAGCUUAAGGAGGCUCUCCUCGACCCGAUGGCUUGGGCCUUCUUCUGGUAUGCGCUAGUCGCCGACAUUCCGAAUGGCGGGCUGUCGAACUUCUUCAGCCAGUUGAUCGUAGGUUUUGGAUACACACCGGAAGAGUCCUUGCUCUACGGAACCCCCGGCGGGGCUGUCGAGAUUGUUGCGCUGAUUUCCUGCGGCUGGCUGGGCGACAAACUCGGUUACCGCAUCCUCGUCUCCAUGUCCGGCAUGUGUCUCGCCCUGCUCGGCAUGAUCCUCAUCGUCGCGCUCCCUCUCUCGAACAACAGCGGCCGUCUCGCGGGCUACUAUCUCACGCAAGCGAGUCCCACCCCCUUCGUCGCCAUUCUCAGUCUCAUCUCCAGCAAUGUCGCCGGAUACACCAAGAAGACCACUGUGGCUGCGAUGUUCCUGAUCGGAUACUGCACGGGCAACAUCAUCGGCCCGCAAACCUUCCGCGCCAAGGACGCACCCCGUUAUGUACCCGCGGAGAUCACCAUCAUCGUGUGCUACGCGCUCUGCCUGGUUAUCAUGGCUUUCAUCCAUGUCUACUGCGUGUGGCAGAACAAGAAGAAGGAGAAGAUUCGCGCUGCCGAAGGAUAUGUGAAGUUGGAGAACCAGGAGUGGUUGGAUCUGACGGAUAAGGAGAAUCCGGAGUUUGUGUAUACCUUGUGA